AUGAUACUCNUAAAUUUGGGAUACAGUAAGUUCUAGUCUUAUCAUAUAGGCUGGUUAAGAAAAAUAUGGUGAUUUAUUAAAAUUAAAUUAUCGUGAAGCAGCAGCAGUUUUUGUUUUAUAUGAUGUAACACAAAAAAUAAGCUUUGAAAAAUUACAUGAGAAAAUAAAAGAAUUAGAAGAACAUGCUCCUGAAAAUAUUAUUAAAAUUUUAGUUGGAAAUAAAUCAGAUGAACCAGAUGAAAAAAGAUAGGUAUCAUAAUAAGAAGCAAAAAAAUUUUCUACUGAUUAUGGUUUUGAUCAUUAUUUUGAGACCUCUGCCAAAUCUGGUGAAAAUGUAGAAUAAGUAUAAAUAGUGAUUGAUUUUAAGGUUUUUGUAGAAGCUGUUAGAUCAGUGAUUGUGCGCAUGUAUAUGAAUUAAUCAUUUAAAAGCUCAAUAAUAACAAUCGAUAAUAACAUAGGAGAUUCUAGAUUUGGAAGUGGUACCCCCAUUAAUAAUCCUCCUUAAAUUUAGGAACGUAUACGAUUAAAAUCUAUACCAUAACAAUAAUAUGCAAUUCCGUAACAAUAAUAAGAAAAAAAUUAUAAGGGAUGCUGUUGA